AUGCAAUCAUCCUACAACCGCUGGUGGGAUGGCCGAACACAAUGGGAUCACGUCUCUGCCGUUUCGCGCUCCUUUGCACGUACACUCUGGCUUCAUGUCCCUGACAUCCCCUUGGCACCCGAGAGUGGGGAGAUAGUAAUGAGGAAGGAAGAAGUGAUAAGAUGCGUACACACUUUUGCUGUGGCUCUAAAGCAUCAUUUGCGAGGGGAGAGAGAAUGGUACGAAUGCCACGAUUUGAAACUUGGCUACAACCUAGCUGCAACCAACCACCCCCUCACCUUGACCCUCCACCUGUCCACCGCAGUCGAGUCCUACCGUACUCUUAGUCACCCCCAAGUUGACACCCAAGUUCUCACCCAUCUCUUAACUCAUAUUGACACUCUAACAUCUAUCCUCUCCGCUUGCGAACGUCUUCUCCGCACCCCCAUCCCUUUAGGAUACAAUAUCGCCAUCUCGAGAAUCGUGUGGAUUUUUAUCCUCACGUUACCUGGCCAGCUUUGGGCGGAGCUGAAGUGGUGGAGUGUGGCUAUUACGGGGGUUACUGCAUAUGCGCUCUUUGCAUUAGCGGAAGUAGGCUUGGAGAUUGAGAAUCCGUGGGGCGAAGGACCUAAUGAUUUAGAUCUAGAUCGUUACUGCAACCUACUAGCGCUUGACUUGGAUGAAAUUAUGGCAUUUCCAAGGGCGGGUAAAGCGACAGAAAAUAUUGCUAGCUCCAGUUCGACUACUAUUUCGCUAAGAGAUGGGUUGAGUAGGGAGAGAUUCAGGGACUUGGUGGAUGUUGGAGCUGAAGAAGAGGUGGAAUGA